GCGGCUUGGUAGGUGCGAACGUCUUUGUGCGGCGGACAAAUGGGGAGAGGAGGAGGAGGAGGAGGAGGAAGAGGAGGAGGAGGAGAAGGAGGUGGGCGCUGCUUUGGCGGCGGCAGCGGCGGCGGCGGCGGCUGGUGCAACGUAAGAUCCACCUCAGCUCAACUCCGCUCACAUCCCAGCCGGCACUUCCUCACUUUCUCGAGUGGCUCGCCGCCACCCAACGUCCCUGCUCGACUGAGCCCUCCCCGGGGGCCGGCUUCCUGCUAGACUCGGGGGGGCUCUGUUUUCUGGCCUCUCUUUCGCUCGCCAAGAGGGGACUGAAUGAUUUCACCGCGCACGUUGACUCCAGGAUGUUAGGGACUGUGAAAAUGGAAGGGCACGACGCAAGCGAGUGGAACAGUUACUACGCCGAGACUCAGGAGGCCUACUCCACGGUGCCAGUGAGCAACAUGAAUUCCGGCCUGGGCUCCAUGAAUUCCAUGAACAGCUACAUGAGCAUGAACGCCAUGACCACCAGCGGCAACAUGACUUCGGGCUCCUUCAACAUGUCCUACGCCAACCCCAGCCUGGGGCCCGGCUUGAGUCCCGGCGGAACCGGAGCCAGCAUGAACAGUAUGUCAGCCAUGGGGUCGGCGCUGAGUCCCGGCGGCAUGAACGCGAUGGGCGGCCCGCAGGCUUCGCUGAACGGACUGGGCGCCUACGGGGCCAUGGGGCCCUGCAUGAGUCCCAUGGGCUACGCCUCCUCCAACCUGAGCCGCGGCCGCGACGCCAAGAGCUUCAAGCGCAGCUACCCGCACGCCAAGCCGCCCUACUCCUACAUCUCGCUCAUCACCAUGGCCAUCCAGCAGGCGCCCAGCAAGAUGCUGACGCUGAGCGAGAUCUACCAGUGGAUCAUGGACCUCUUCCCUUACUACCGGCAGAACCAGCAGCGCUGGCAGAACUCUAUCCGCCACUCGCUCUCCUUCAACGACUGCUUCGUCAAGGUGGCCCGCUCGCCGGAUAAGCCGGGCAAAGGCUCUUACUGGACGCUCCACCCGGACUCGGGCAACAUGUUCGAGAACGGCUGCUACCUCCGGCGCCAGAAGCGCUUCAAGUGCGAAAAGCAAGCCGGGCCCAAGGGCGGAUCAGGCGGAGGCGAGGGAAGGAAAGACCCGGGCGGGGCCGGCUCUCCCUCGCACCGAGGCCAAGCCAAAGGUGGGCAGCUCGAGGCCGCCCCGUCCAACCCCGGCGCCGGCAGCCCGCAAGCCCUGGGCCAAAACGGGACCGGAGCCGAGCUGAAGCCCUCCGUGGCCGCCGCGGCGGCAGCGGCGGCUGCAGUGGCCGCCUCGGUCCCCGGCGGGCCCGCCUUGGCCCCCUUGAGUCACCCGGGCCACGCGCUGGGACCCCACGAGCCGCAGCUGCACCUGAAGGGCGACCCCCACUAUUCUUUCAACCACCCCUUCUCCAUCAACAACCUCAUGUCCUCCUCUGAACAGCAGCACAAGCUGGACUUCAAAGCCUACGAGCAAGCGCUGCAAUAUUCCUCCUACGGGGCCGGCCUGCCCGGCGGGUUGCCCCUCAGCAGCGCCUCCAUGGGCGGGAGGGGAGCCAUUGAGCCCUCGGCCCUGGAGCCCUCCUACUACCAAGGUGUGUAUUCCAGACCGGUACUGAACACCUCUUAGCCGGCCGGGUGGGACUGGAGGGUCAAGCGAGCGGAAUCCCCCCUCCCUCCCUCCCUCCCUCCUUCCCUCCUUGUCUGUGUCUCUCCUUAGAUCAGUGUUUCUCAACC